AUGCAAGAGACUACCACACCUGAGGCAACCACCACGACUCCACCAUCCACAACUCCGGUUGAAGUGGCUAAUCCAAUCGACAAUGGCUUACCAAGCGAUCUAGCGAAUCCUUCAUCGGGCGAUCCUCGACUUGAGUUCUUGCGUAAGAUCUUGUCGAAAAUUCGUGAAGAAGCUGAGAAGGCUGGCAUCGAUGGUACCAUGCAAGUUUCGGUGAUGCGUGUCGAUCAACCCGACCUCAGCCAGGUUCAGGUGAGCGUUCUGAAGAUGCAUGGCUUCAUGUCGAUUUCUUCUCAUCACACACCUCUAUACCUGAUCGUCUUACUUCAUUCGAAAAGUCACCACUCAACUUGA